AUGCAGCAUAAAAAUUAAUAAGAAUAGAUUGGCUUUCUAAUUUUGGAAUAAAGAUUAAAAUCAAACAAUAUUUGGUACAAUUUUCAAUAUCUAUAUGAAAUUUCUUUCGAUACUUUAUUUGAAAUUUUAUGGAAAUCUGAAGAUGUUUCAAUUAAAGCACUUUAUAAAAAAAAUGCUUCAAGUUAUGAUAAAAGAAACCCUAUUACAGCUAAGAAAUCUAAUGAAAAAUUUGUAAAAAAUAUAAAUGCAGCACCUUAAUAAUACUAGGGAGAUAGAAGAGACAAUAUUGUUCCACAAAAUUUAGGAUAGAAGUAAUAAGAUAAAAAGAUGAAAAUGAAGAAUAAAUAUAAUAAGGAAGAUUGA